AUGGCCAUUCCCACUGUCACUGGCAGCAGCGCGGUCACGAGUGCCUACAAUAACAGCAACGCCAGUGCCUGUCCAACCUGCGCCACGGACCCCCAGAUGUGCUUCUCAAAGAAGCAGGACAAAGUGAAGAAGAGGGUCAUCUGGGGCAUUGAGGUGGCUGAGGAGCUGCUGUGGAAAGGCUGGGAGCUGGGGAAGGAGGUCACCAAGAACCUGGUUCUGAAAAAUCUCUCCUUGAAAACCCAGAGGAUGAAGUACAGGCCCCCCAAGACCAAGUAUUUCUUCACAGUCAUCCCUCAGCCCAUCCUCCUGAGCCCAGGCAUAACCCUCACACUCCCCAUCAUCUUCCGGCCUCUGGAGGAGAAGGAGUACGUGGACCAGCUGUGGUUUGAGAAAGCAGAGGGAGUGUUCUGUGUGGGCCUGAGGGCCCCCCUGCCUCGCCACAGUCUGAUCUGCCCACCGUCCCUGCAGCUGCCCACGUGUGCCGUGGGGGACAUGGCCGAGGCCUGGUUCUGCCUGGACAAUGUCGGGGACCUGCCCGCCUUCUUCACCUGGGAGUUCUCAAGCCCAUUCCAGAUGCUGCCCACCACGGGGCUGCUGGAGCCUGGUCAGGCUUGCCGGAUCAAGGUGACCUUCCAGCCGCUUAUGGCUGUCAUCUACGAAGUCCAGGCCACGUGCUGGUAUGGGGAGGGCAGCAAGCAGAAGAGCAGCAUCCAGCUGCAGGCUGCAGGCAAAUGUGCCCAGCUGCUGGUGAGCAUAAAGCAGAAGCGACCAGAGGACCAGGAUGUCGAGGGCUUCCAGAAAGUGCUGCACUUUGGCUCCGUGGCUGUGGGCUGCAUCGCCGAGAGGCAAAUCAGACUGUACAAUCCAUCGGUGGUGAGUGCCCCCUUCAGGAUUGAAGUGACCCCAGACACGCUGACCAAAGACCAGGCCUUCUCAUGCCCCACGGCCUAUGGCGUUGUGCCCCCAGGAGGGAAGAAGUACGUGUCGGUGUUUUUCCACCCCAAGACUUUGGACUCCAGGACUAUGGACUACUUGUCUGUUGUGCCCUCUGGCUGUGCCUCCCAGACCCUGCUCAAAGUUGUUGGUUUCUGUAGAGGUCCUGAGGUGUGCCUGCAGCACGGCUGCGUCAACUUCCGCUGGGUCAGCCUCGGGGAGCGCUCGGAGCAGUCCCUGUGGAUUGAGAACAGGUCAGACUGCGUUGCCCACUUCCAGUUUGCCAUUGACUGCCAGGAGAGCGCCUUCAACAUCAGACCUACGUUCGGGACCCUGGUGGGCAGGGUCCGCAUGACCCUGCGCUGUGCCUUCCAGCCCACUCACCCCAUCAUCUACUUUCGGCGAGUGGCCUGUCUCAUCCACCACCAGGACCCACUGUUCUUGGACCUGAUCGGGACCUGCCACUCGGACAGCGCCAAGCCCGCCAUCUUGAGGCCCCAGCACCUCACUUGGUACCGCACACACCUGGUGCGGGGCCUGGCGCUCUACCCCCCUGACAUCCUGGGCCUCAUGCUGAGCGAGAAGAAGCUGGAGCAGGAUAAGAACGGGGCCCUCAUGAUUCCCACGCAGGACCUGGAGGACACGCCAGCCCUGCAGUACCCUCUCCUACCCCCACUGAUGGAGUACUUCUUCGAUGGCACCAGAGACUUGGCCAUCUUCCCCCCGCCCGUCAGCAUGGAGCCUUUUGAGGCAGAUUUUGGUGCCUGCCCUGGACCUGAGGAUCCCAACCCUGUCCCACUGUACCUGGUGAACCACACCAAGGGCAAGAUCACCGUGGUCUGGACUCACAGGUCCGAUUGCCCCUUCUGGGUGACCCCAGAGACCUGCGAUGUGCCCCCACUCAAGUCCAUGGCCAUGCGCCUGCACUUCAAGCCACCUCACCCAAACUGCCUCUAUGCGGUAGAGCUGGAAGCCUUCGCUGUCUAUAAGGUCCUGCAGAACUUCAGUAACAUUGAGGAGGACUGCACCGUGUGCCCCUCCUGGUGCCUAACACUCCGGGCACGAGGCCACAGCUAUUGUGCAGCCUUGGAGCACCACAUCCCCCAGUACUCCCUGGACGCCCCCACGCUAUUUCCCGCGGUGUCUCCCAGGGAACCCUCCUACCGCAGCCUGCUCCUGACCAACAAAGGCUCCAUGCUGCUGACCUUCAGCCUGACCCCCAACAGCAGCUCAGACAUCUCCCUGCGGCCCAGCUCAGGCCUCGUGGCCCCAGGGGCCCACCAGAUCUUCCUCAUCUGCACCUACCCCAUGGGCACCUCCUGGAAGCAGCAUAGUUUUUACUUGCAGUUCAAUUUUUGCCCCCAGUAUCUCAAGGAGGUGAGCAUGCAAAGCCGGGAGGAGCCGCUGCAGCUGAAGCUGGACACCCACAAAAACAUCUUCUUCAAGCCCACCUGGGUGGGCUCCUCCUCCACCAGCCUCUUCACCUUCCGCAACCCCUCGCGGCUGCCCCUGGAGUUUGAGUGGCGGGUCUCCGAGCAGUACCAGAAGAUGCUGGCCGUCCAGCCCACCAGGGGGCUCAUCCAACCCAACGAGAGCCUCACGCUGACGUGGACCUUCAGUCCUCUGGAGGAGACCAAGUACCUGUUCCGAGUAGGGGUGUGGAUCUGGGAAGCCGGCCUGCCCCCAAAAGCCAAGCCCCCCACCACCACCCACUACAUGAUCCGACUGGUGGGCGUGGGCAUCACCAGUACCCUGUCUGCAAAGGAAAAGGAGCUGGACUUUGGGAACGUGAUAGUGAACAGCAGGCAGUCCAGGUCGCUGGUGCUCCUGAACGAGGGCAACUGCGUCCUCUCCUACCGCCUGUUCCUGGAGCAGUGCAGCCCUGAGGGCGCCAGUGACAACCCCCUCGCCCUCCAGCUGGACCGCACAGAGGGGAGCAUGCCACCCUGGUCUCAGGACACCAUCUGCCUGACCGCCUGCCCCAACCGCCGGUCCCAGUACUCCUGGACCAUCAGCUACUCUCUCCUCUCUUGCAGAGAUAACAAGGCUGGGAAGAAGCAGGAGCUGUGUCACGUCCUCCUGACGGCCGUGUACCCCCUACUCUCCAUCCUGGAUGCCUGCUCCAUGGGCAGCGCCGAGGGCAUCACCCGGAGGCACCUGUGGCGCCUCUUCUCCCUGGACAUGCUCAACAGCUACCUGGGGCGCGACCCCUCCCCCUCUGAGCUCACCUACGCGGUGCCCACCCGGCACAGCACAAGUCAGAUCCCCCCUGUCUUCACCCCUCUGAAGCUCAGCUUCAAUUUUGGGGCGGCGCCGAUCGAGGCCCCACCCUCUGUGGUGCUCCUGGCCCUGAAGAACAGCGGAGCGGUGCCCCUGGACUGGGCCUUCCUCUUUCCACGUGACCAGCAGAUCGACCUGGAGGCAUGGGCAGAGCAAGCAGAUUUUGACAACACGGAGCUGCACCAAAUGCGUGUGCAGGACAAUUGCAUAUUCUCCAUCAGCCCCAAGGCUGGGAGCCUGAGUCCUGGGCAGGAGCAGGUGGUGGAGUUCAAAUACAGCCACCUGUUCAUUGGCACUGAUCGCCUCCCAGUGCUCUUCAAAGUGUCCCAUGGCCGGGAGAUCCUGCUGCACUUCAUAGGUGUGACAGUGAAGCUGGAUCAGAAGUACGUGCACUUCACCUCCACGAGCCACCAGUUCAUCCCGGUCCCAAUUGGCGACUCACUGCCCCCGCAGCAGAUUUAUGAGCUGUAUAAUGGUGGCUCGGUGCCCGUGACAUACGAGAUCCAGACCGACGUCCUGUCGCAGGUUCAGGAAACAAAUUUUGAUCACCCCAUCUUCUGCUGCCUCAACCCCCAAGGGGAGAUCCAGCCAGGUGCAACGGCUCGGGUCUUGUGGAUCUUCUCACCUAUUGAGGCCAAGACCUACACGGUGGAUGUACCCAUACACAUCUUGGGGUGGAACUCGGCCAUAAUCCAGUUCCAGGGAGUGGGCUAUGACCCCCAUGCCAUGGGGCAUACGGCGCCUUUCUACAAUAUCUCCUCACUGGACAACAGCCCCAUACACUCAAGGCUGAUGGUUCCUGGACAGAACGUCUCCCUGUCCCAGUCUCACAUCUCCCUGGGAAACAUUCCUGUGCAGGGCAAGUGCAGCCGCCUGCUGUUCCUCAACAACACCUCCAAGAAUGAAACAAUUGUCUUCGUCUGGCAGCUGAAGCCUCUAGACUUCGGGGAGGUGUCCGUGAGUCCCAUGAGAGGAAAGGUGGCUCCAGGAGAGGGGGUCCCAUUUGUGGUGACCCUGAAGGCCUCAGUGCACGCCAGUUUCUACAGCAUGGACCUGGUGUGCAAGAUGUACAAUCAGGAACUCUUGAGGCAGUACCAUCAGGAACUACAGGAGUGGAAGGAUGAGAAGGAGCGGCAGGAAGUGGAGUUCACGAUCACAGACAGGAAAGUGAAGAGUAGGGCAUAUUCCACAGCCAGUGAACCUGUGAGGAGGUACAAGACGCUGCCCCCUAUCAAGAAACAGCAUCCUCGCCACCAGCCCACCAGCUGGAAUCUUAAGAUCCCAAAGGAGGAGACACCGUGGCCAUGCCCCCAGCUGCCCGCACCGGGCAUGCUCUACUUGGGCCUCACUGCACGCGCCCAUGCCAUCGACUACUUCCUGGCCAACUUCUUCUCCGACUUUCCCCGAUACUUCUUGCACUGGGAACUGUCAAAGAGAACGUGCAUCAGAGAAGAGCCAGAGGCUUCUGCAGAAGAAUCCACUGACAAGUGGGCCCCUGUCUCCCCACAGAAGAAGCUGCUCCUGGUGGACUGUCUCACAGCCAUCAUCAGGGGCCUGCUGGAAGACAAGACCUUCCACGAGGCCGUGAACCAAAGCCUGGAGGAGCAGAUACCGUACUUUUGCCAGUUCCGUAAUGAGAAGUCAAGGAGGUUCAUGGCCCUGGACAGCAGCCUGCACGCAGCGCAGGACCUGUUCCUGUCCCCCGAUAGCUGGGAGGACGGGGGAGGCGAGGAGCAGGAGGGGGGCAGGCAGAGGCUAAGGAAGCAGGAAAGAGAGGAAGAGGCAGAGAAAGAUGAAGAGGAAGAGGAAGAGCUGGAGGAGGAAGAGGAGGAAGAAGAGGAGAUGAAAGAGGAGGAGGAGAUAAGCAAGGAGGAGGAGGAAGAGGAGGAGGAGGAGGAGGAGGAAGAGGAGAUGAAAGAGGUGGAGGGGCCAGGCAAGGAGGAGCUGGAAGAGAAGGAGGAGAAGGAGAAGGAGGAAGUGGAAGAGAAGAAAGAUAAGUUGGCCUGGCCAGGGAUGGAGUCCCCGCUGCAGCCUGGGCCCCAGGAGUCCCUGAAAGGGCGGUUGCAGCAGCAGCUGAAGGUCAUAAUGAAGGAAGAGCAGGAGCAGGACGAGAAGGAGGCCAUUAGCCGGCUCCCAGCUUUCGCCAACCUGCAGGAGGCGCUGCUGGAGAACAUGAUCCAGAAUAUCCUGGUGGAGGCGAGCGGAGGGGAGGUGGUGCUCACCUCGCGGCCGCGCGUCAUCGCCCUGCCGCCGCUCAGCGUUCCCAGGAUUCUGACCCCAGAACUGCUGUCGGCGGCCUCCCUUACAGCCACAGCCAAGAGUGGGGCAGCAGCUGGUGGCACCGCCCUAUACCGACCCUUUGAGGACGCCAGGGCCCGGCCCCUCUGA